GUUUCCUGUCCAUGUGGGCGUGCCUUGUGUAUUGAGUGACAUGUUGUUUGUGAUCUAAGACCGGUUUGUCCCGGCACAGAGCAGUCACAGAGACAUGUGGCCCUCAGCAGCGGGGGACCCGGGACCCCAAGCUCCCCAACACCGGGACCGAGGCAGGUUCCCUGGGGAUGUGGUUUGUUGCCAGGUGGCUGCCGAGAGAUUGGAGAUCUGAGGCCUCUUUCAUCGGGCAGCAGGUAUGGCUGCAGAGGAAUCCGGCUCGUCCCCUGGUGGGAUCUCUCCCCUGCAGCAGAUUUUGGCCUCUGGUUCUGGAGCCCUCCUCACCUCCCUCUUUGUGACCCCUCUGGAUGUUGUGAAGAUUAGAUUGCAGUCGCAGAGGAAACCUCUCUCUAAAGUUUUGUCUGUAAAGCCUCUUCCCUGGGCACUCCCCAUGCGCCACCCCAAAUGGCGCUGCUUCCUUUAUUGCAAUGGGCUGAUGGAUCAUCUUUUUGUCUGUCAACAUGCCACGGCGUGCAGCACCUGGUACAGAGCUCCCACUUACUUCAAUGGCACCCUGGAUGCAUUUGUGAAAAUUACGCGGCAUGAAGGCUUAACCUCACUAUGGAGUGGGCUACCCCCAACAUUGGUAAUGGCUGUGCCUGCUACCAUCAUCUAUUUCACAUGUUACGAUCAAUUGAGAGAUUUCCUCUGCUAUGGGUUGGGCUACCAUGGCAACCACAUUCCCCUGGUAGCUGGAGCUCUGGCUCGCUUGGGAGCAGUGACAGUUAUCAGUCCGCUUGAGCUGAUUCGGACGAAGAUGCAGUCUCGCCAGCUCUCUUACAUGGAGUUGGGCGUCUGUCUGCGGUCUGCAGUCGCUCAGGACGGAUGGCUGUCUCUUUGGAAGGGAUGGGGUCCAACAGUGCUGAGAGAUGUCCCAUUCUCAGCUCUGUACUGGUUUAAUUAUGAACUUGUGAAGAGGAAGAUGAGCAACACCAACGCGGCUGCAGAAAGUCCGUUCCUAGUCAGCUUCAUUGCCGGUGCUGUGUCUGGAGCGGUGGCCGCCAUCCUCACCCUACCAUUUGAUGUGGUGAAAACCCAGAGACAGAUUGAGUUGGGCAACCUGGAACUAGGUCCAUCCAGAGGACAGAGAUCUUCCACCUGGGGAGCCAUGCGCAGGAUUCGAGCAGAAUCUGGAACUAGAGGCCUAUUUGCAGGUUUUCUCCCACGGGUCAUUAAAGUGGCUCCUGCCUGCGCCAUAAUGAUCAGCUCAUAUGAGUUUGGAAAGAACUUCUUCCAGCAGCGUAACAAGAUGAAAGAACAGAACGGAUGAGAGGGAAGAUUGAACCCAAGAGAAAAGCAAAAAAAAAAAAAAAAAAAAAAUUAAAAAAAAGAAAAGAAACAACCCUCAUACACAGCACAACCUCUGUAGUCUCAAAGAUGCAUCAAAUCGUGACAGUUAAGGCUGUGAUACAUACAUCUACUGUGGUCAGAGCCUGUGCCGCGUGAUCCUUAAUGAUCCGUAAAGAAAUCAUAAAGACAUGAUAAUUAUAUUCAAUAACCCCUGGGCUAUAAUUCACAUAUAUGAUCAGUUUUCUUAUAGAGCUAAGGCUCUGUGGUUUAGCAGUGCCUCCUGUCCAUGUCUGGCAGAUAAAACACAGAUCUAACCGUCUUGCGUUACAAUUGUUCUUAAUAACGUUCUGUUAUUCACAUGGUUUAUAGUUGGAGCAAAAAUGCAAAGGGAUUAGUCAACUUUGGACCAGCAGGACUCAUCCUUGAACAUGAAUACAUGCCAUUCUAAUGCCAGGUCUGUGCGGCUGGAGGCAAUGCUGAAUCACAGACGUGAGACAAUUAGUCUGUGACUCUUCAGACAUACGUGACUUACUGCCUCCGCUUGGAACUACACGUUCAUCUUCACUGCCCAUUCCUUUAAGCAGUCAUUCUGCAGUUGUGGCAUCUUUGCAAAGUGUGGGUAGAGCUAGCGGCAAACCUAAAUCUCCACUUGACCUACAUGAAAUCCGACAAUCAAUGUACUUAUACUAAUUAUGGCAUUAAAUAUUAUUCUUGAGACCCUCCACAACCAGGAGUAAUAAGCUCUGAAGCAGCAAUACGGAGAGGGACCCGUUGUACAGAGCUGCAGGAACACCACGAGGCGCCACGGUGAAAUGCAGUGUGCUCAAGACUUUGGACAUUGUAUCGGAUGAAUACUCUGAGAAAAAGGACUCAAUAGGAAUGUGGACCAGAAUUAUUUGGGACUGAUAUUUUUUUUUAAUCCACAUUCUUGAAAUGUAAUGUUUCUUCGCACCACAUCCAGUUAAAUUGAUCCCUGCAUCCUGGACAUUCGUAUGCGGGCAGGGGAUUUCCAUUUAACCUACGAGCCACAUGCAUGUUCACCUGUCCUACAAAGUGCCCUGCACCCUUAUCAUAAGUUGCAGUUGCCCACGUUCUCCCUGCAGAGAGGAUAAAUUGCGCACGGACUACUCCCUUUCUCCAGCUCUUAUUUUGUUACAGCCGGUGCGGUACAAGUUCUAAUUUAACUUGUAUAUCCUCUUGACAGCAACAGCACCUGAUGCCAUGUGUACUCAACGUGAAAAGCAUUUUUCAUAAAAAAACAAAAUCAUUCAGCAUUAGAGUCAGGGUAAGGGAAGCCACAGAAUAGCCACUGAGCAGUCCCUGAGGCCUGAAACAGGACCAAUCCAGCUACAAAAACAUUUCUCAUGCAUUGCAUUAAAGCUGCCGUACACUGCAAACUGUCAGCAUCUGCAGCUGGAUGCCGGGAGUUUGCAGCAAGUGCAAUGCUUGGGAGACGGCAACCAUACUUAAAGAAUAUUCUAAAUGAUGCUGCAAUAUCCUCUGCAUGUGUGAUGUAGAGUGAUUAAAUGCAAGGGUCUGUACUAGACAUUACACACGCAGUUCUCAGCAGGCUCGGGGAGCAUGGCACUUACCUCUCUGCUUUUGCCUGUGUUCGUGAUCUUUAACGUGCCUGUGGGGUUUAUCUCCCUGUUUUCACUUUGGCCACACACAACCCAACCACAGAGUCAACCAGUUAUUUCCUACCUUAAAGGAGAAGGAAAGGUUAAAACUAAGUAAGCCUUAUCAGAAAGGUCCAUCUAAAUAUACCAGUAAACCCCUCAAAGUAAUGCUGCUCUGAGUCCCCUGUCAAAAGAAACACAGCAUUUCUUUACUUCUAUUGUGUACACAUGGGCUUCUGUAUCAGACUUCCUGCCUUCAGCUUAAACCUCCAGGGCUUGGGCUUGAGCAUGCUCAGUUUGCUCCUCUCCCUUCCCUCCCUUCUCUACUGUAAUCUGAGCCCAGAGCAGGGAGAGACUCAGGCAGGAAGUGAUGUCACACCAUGUUAAUACUGCAGCUGCUAUCCUAAACAAACAGAGAGUUUCUAGAGCUUUUUACUCAGGUAUGGUAAAACAGUCUACAGAAUAAAUAUAGCAUUCUAGCUUGCACUAUUGCAGCUAAUCUAUUGGCAAUAAAAUGCCUCUGUAGCUUUCCUUCUCCUUUAAACGAGGACUGGGUUACACUUAACUGAGCCACCCAACUGGAAAGAUAAACCCAGUGUCAUCCCCUUCCUGGUAACAACAGGCUAUGUUAGACGACUAGACUUACCAUUCAUGGGUACGGCCCAUUCUUUGCCUUGAUGAUAGUGGUAAUUUUAGUGUUAAGCUGAGGACAUAUCAAUUUGAUGUCCUAUGGGCAUCAUGUAUCCCUCUCUCACUUUGAUCUCAUUUUUACAUUAAGUCUUUCCAGAACCCUUUUGAUUCUUAAAUGCAGCCCGCCAGUUGUUUCAAUCUCGUCACCAAAUUACUUGGUGGCAUUUAGGUAGGAGACGCCAAGCCAAUGGGAUCACUUGGACUUGGGAGUCUAUAAAGAAACCUGCCAAUGCUGUGACUGCAGAGCAGUCGUUACCUGAGUUUCUCUGUACAAAAAAAGUGAGAGAGGGCCUGGGAUAUUUUUGAAACUGCCUAUGGAUUAACAAAGGGCUGGAGCAUCACCUGUCUGUGCCAGAUGGUUGAUAUAAGGAUCGGAUCUGCACAUGGAGCACUUAGCAAGCACAGAAUCCAUGGCAGCGAUGCACACAGCAACCAUUUCUAUGUAGCACGGUGACCUGUAACCAGUCUCUACCAGUGCUCAGCCCUUUUCCCCCUUGGCAGCCCAUAUAUUUCUGUGUGCACUUCUGUAAUACCACUGCCCCUUUCACUGGUCUGCAACAGACAACUCCAGAGUAGCAAUGCACAACGUUGUGAUUAACUGUAGCAAUGGCAUAUUCUGAAAAUAAAAACCUGCACUCGGUGCAUGUUCUACA